CCAUCCUGUCGCAUCAGAGAACAUGGCGGCUGCCGCUGGUGCGGCAAAGGGGCUCGACCAGGCCGGGCUUGGGCCGUUGGAGAUGAAUGAUUCAAGAUGUGAAAAUAUUGGGCAGAAGAAUUCUGCUGCUAUAGCAUAGGCUGAGUUUUGAAUCCAGACUUGAAGCUUAAAAACGGACAAAACAAGCAUUGAGUAAAAGUGCUUAAUGGACAGAGAAUGUCAGCAGUAUGGAUGAGGCAGAAAUCAACACUGAGAUCAUUGGUGCUAAAGAACUGCUAGAUGACAGCAAUUUCAUCUCUGAGAAGAGUGGCAUUCCCAAAUUAGAAGAGAGUGAAACAUCAUUUCAGAAUAAUACAUUGACUUGGCCUGAAGAUCUAUCAACAGACAAGUCUGAAAACGCCUUAAGUGGGGGCCAAACAUCUAUAUUUAUACAUACUGGGGCUCCUGCUGUUUCUAGUGAAAAUUUUGUUCUGCCUACAGAAACUUCUGUUAAUGGACCAGUUCCACACUCCAGUUUAACUAAGAUUUCCAUUAUGAAACAAGGCAGCAUUUCAUUAACUAAUGCACAAGCUGUGGGCCAUCAAACAGAUUCUUCAUCAUCUGUCACAGUGGUACCUGAUCUUCAACUUCCCACAAAACCAUCAGCCCAAAAUUCAAGUCCAGUUUUGUUCUUGUUACCUGAAGCAACACAUGCUAAGAACCUAUCACAUUCCAUGAAAAAUCUACCUCCCUCUGCUUCAGUUGCUUGUGAUGUAGAGCCAUCAAUAGGAAAAAGCAUAAAAUCAGAUAGCACUUUAGUAAGCCAAGUAGAUGUAAGUGAGGAUAGCAGAACUUCAUUAGGAAAAGAUGAUGGUAGCAAAUCACUAACAGGGAUUUCCUCAGCUGCAGGUGACUUCAGAUCAGAAAGUGAUGUAAGCUGGGAUCCACAGAAAGAAUACAUAGAAUUCCUUAUGACAAAUGAAGAAACAGUAGAAGAGCCACCAAUUCAACCUAAAGUUGGCGUACAGAAAAGGAGAAAAAGAAAGAUGGACGUUAGCAAAAUAACUCGCUAUACUGAGGACUGUUUUAACGAAUCAAAUUAUAUUCCUGACAAUUCUGAAUUAGUAGAUAUUGAGUUUUUGGAGCAGAGUGAGAAUGUACAAGUAAUAGAAUCACAAAAAUAUUCCUUAGCAAGAGUAAAGCCUGAAUCUACAGAUGAGGAAUUGGAAGUUGUGGAUGCCAUCCAGCAACUGAUUUAUAAUCCAAGUAAUAAGUGUGCAGAUGAUAUUUCCCCUGUUCACAGUAGCACUUUUCUUUCUAAUACUUUAUUGAACAAAUGUGAACAAGAUGACUUGGAAUCACCAUCUAACUUCAUUUCUGAUGAGCCAUCUUUUUAUCCCUGUACAAAGUGCAAUGUGAAUUUUAGGGAAAAAAAGCAUCUGCACAGGCACAUGAUGUAUCAUUUGGAUGGCAACAGGCACUUUCGUCAUUUAAAUGUUUCGAGGCCUUAUGCAUGUAGGGAAUGUGGCCGGACCUUUAGAGAUCGCAAUUCCCUUCUUAAACAUAUGAUAAUUCAUCAGGAAAGAAGACAGAAAUUGAUGGAGGAAAUUCGUGAAUUAAAAGAACUUCAGGAUGAGGGUAGAAGUGCACGGUUACAGUGUCCACAAUGUGUGUUUGGUACCAAUUGUCCCAAAACCUUUGUGCAGCAUGCUAAAACCCAUGAAAAAGAUAAAAGAUACUACUGCUGUGAAGAAUGUAACUUUAUGGCUGUGACAGAGAAUGAACUUGAAUGCCAUCGAGGGCUUGCUCAUGGGGCAGUAGUGAAAUGUGCAAUGAUCACUACAGACAUUACCCAGAGAAAAACACACAAAAAGGCAUUAGUGAAAGAUUCCUAUAUGGAAUCCUCAAAAAAGACAGUUGACUAUAUGUGUAAAAUGUGUCCUUUUACUACAUCAGCCCGAAGCAUUUUAAAAAAACAUGUGGAAUAUUUGCAUCCAUCAGCUUGCAUAGAUCCCUUUGGCAGUCGCCUUAGACUAGAUAAAAGAAAAAGGCUCGGUAUAGAAGAAGCUUUAAAUUUUGGUAGCAGGACUAAACAUUUAAUCAAGCAAGCAUCUGCCUUUCCAAAGACUUCUGUUUUAAAACAAGAUCUGAAACGACCAUUUGGCUCUGCAUUCCAGACAAGUCACUUUGCAAAACUCCACAAGAGACCCUCCAGGAUACAGAAGGCUCGGAAAAGCGUUGCACAGUCAGCUAAACUUGCUGGGAAAAAAGACAGCUAUGAAACGGACGAUGAAAGUUCAUGGGAUAAUGUUGAACUGUGUGAUUACACUACACGGUCUGUGGAGGAUGGCUCUUACAGUGAUAUUAAUCAGGACCAUGUAAACCUGUUCCCUUUAUUUAAAGGUAAAAUGGAAGAAGAAGGUGGUGGUAAAUCGUCUCUUAGAUAUGAACAAAAUGAUGGAUUUUAUUUUGAAUAUUAUGAAGAUGGCGAAGGUAACAAUUAUCUGCAUGAUUUCCAAGAUCAUCAUCAUUUGGAAAACAUAGGUACAACAUUGCCAAAGCAUAAUUCCGUUUUUCACUGGACUGAUUUAUCACUUGAGAAAAAAAACUGUCCAUACUGUCCAGCAACUUUUGAAACUGGUGUUGGAUUGUCUAAUCAUGUCCGUGGACAUCUUCACAGAGCUGGGUUAAGUUAUGAGGCACGCCAUGUUGUCUCACCUGAGCAGAUAGCUACAAGUGACAAAAUGCAGCAUUUCAAAAGAACUGUGACGGGAACCCCAGUGAAACGAGUUAGAAAAGCAAUUGAGAAAUCUGAAAGUUCUACAGAACACACAUGCCAGCUCUGCGGAGGUUGGUUUGACACUAAAAUUGGAUUAUCUAAUCAUGUGCGAGGACACCUAAAAAGGCUUGGUAAAACCAAAUGGGAUGCACAUAAAUCUCCAAUUUGUGUUCUAAAUGAAAUGAUGCAAAAUGAAGAAAAAUAUGAAAAAAUCCUUAAGGCAUUGAACAGUCGUCGUGUUAUUCCCAGACCAUUUGUUGCUCAGAAACUUUCAUCAAAUGAUGACUUUUUGUCUCAAAAUGUUAUACCUCUUGAAGCAUACCGCAAUGGCCUAAAGACUGAAGAUAUAUCGGUGUCUGCAUCAGAGGAAGAAAGGCUGAAUUGCCUCAAUGAAUAUGAUGAAGCAAAAUCAUUAUUGCAUGAUGAAAAAAAAACCCAGUCACUUACACUGAUAGAACUCUUGAAAAAUAAAAGGAUGGGAGAAGAAAGAAAUUUUGAUAUCUCUCCUCAAAAGAUUCAUAAUCAAACCGCAAGAAAGAGGUUUGUUCAAAAAUGUGUUCUUCCAUUAGAUGAAGAUGGUCCUUUGAUGUAUCAACCACAAAAAAUGGAUUUGACUGUACAGUCAGCCAUAGAUUGUAAACAAAAAAAAUCAAGAUCAAGAUCUGGAAGCAAGAAAAAAAUUCUACCAUUACCUCAUGGUGCUGAUGAAGUUUACAUACUCCGGUGCAGGUUUUGUGGUCUAGUAUUUCGAGGACCCUUAUCUGUUCAAGAAGAUUGGAUAAAGCACCUUCAACGCCACAUUGUGAACGCAAAUCUUCCUCGAACUGGGGCUGGCAUGGUGGAAGUGACAUCACUGCUUAAAAAACCUGCCUCAAUCACUGAAACUUCAUUUUCUUUCCUGAUGGCUGAAGCAGCUUCAUAGAAUAUGGAAACACUUCAUAUUGCAUUGGAUGUACAUUUGAAAUCCUUUUGUUAGUUUUUUUAAAGUUAAAUUAUCUGUUUAUAAAAUUUGAAGCAAGAAAAUGGGAGUGGGAGGAGAAUGACAGUUAACAUCCAAACAAUUGAGUACUUAACACAAUUACCGUAAGUAGUCUUUAUAUUUUAUAUAGGGUGGAAGAUGUAUUUUUAAAGUUUACUAUGUUUUUGGGUCAAUUACUGUGUUCACUAUUGAUACAAACCCAUCACACGUAAGAAGAUGUUUUUAAAUUGUUGCACAUGGGAUCUUAAGAUACGUUUUAUGAAAUGAAAGCAUUCUUUACAGUGUUACCAGAAUCAAUGCUUUGUUUAAAAAAAAAACCUUGCUUAGUAAAAUAUUUUAUUUUGUUUGUAUGUAUGUAGUGUUUUGUACAAUACCAAGAAAUGCUAAUGCAAUUUAUUAAAUUUAGGGCAUUAAAAAUCAUGUACUUCAUAGAUCAGGAGACUGUUCCAUUCAAAUAGGGCAAUUAGUACUAUUUAGCCGUGUAUGUGUUUUUUAAUCACACAAGACUUUUUUACUAAAAGUGGAGGGAAACUUGUUAAACAAAUUUCUAAAACCUAUGUACAUAAUACUGGAAAUUAUUUGUGGUAAGGAAAGAUUCUUUACUUCACUUGCAUUUCUCACUGACAAUAAAAUGGUGCAUCCAUGCUACCUCCAACUUUGUCAGCAGUAAUGGUAUUUACCCUUUCCAUUUGUAGCAUCACAUACUUACUCAUGGUUUUCUUUAUUGUAGAACAUGCUAAUGACAUUGUUCCUUUAUGCUUUGCUUAAAAGUAUGUUGCUUACACAAGUCAUUUUGUUGCCUUUUAUUUAAUACUAUAGAAAUGUAUUAAAAGCAUUGCUCACUACAUGGCUUAGGUUAAACUAGCCUUUUUGCAGUUGUUUUUAAAUAAAUCAUAAUAUCAUUGGACACAAAUAGAAAAGUUUCCACAUAUGAAGAGAAUGUUUACAAUUUGAAUUUUAGAAUUUGUUUUGGGUGUAAUUAUAUGUAUGAAAACUGUAACACUAUGCUCAUGCUAAGGACCUAUUUACAGAAUUAUUAAAAUAAAUGUGCUGUGAGGAUAGAAAAAUAUGGUGCAAGUGUCUUGAUCAAAAUUAAUAUUGGCUGUUGACAAAAAUGUCACUUUUCAGCAGAUAAGCAAAUUCCUCUUUGAAAACUGGUUCUGUAAUGCAAGUAAUGUUUCCUUUUAUUCAUGUAGGGUGAUUAAUACUGUAGUUAAGCCAAGGAAAUGCAUUGAUAUUGUUUUGCGUGUAAAUAAAAUUAUAAAACAGUUGAGAUGUGAGGAGUAUUUUGGUGGAGAAUAUACAUACCUCACAGCCAGUGAAAUUGCGUUCCUCAUGGUAUAUCUCCAUACCAAGACUAUAUCUCUCUAAAUAAAAGGUUAAAAGAAAAUGUGAUAUUUGUCUGUAAUGUGAAGUAAUUCUUGUUCUGCAUUACAUACAUGAUCUGAAG